CAACAUUUUGCUUCCAAAAAUUUCCAACGCCAAGCUCAGCUUCCAUCAACUCCAUCUGCCGACACCUCGCUAAUUCCUCGCCAGAUCGUUAGCCCGCGUACGUGCCGCAAUGGAGCAGCAGCCUCGCGUCCACCCAAACACGGCGCCUUUCAACCUGGAGACGGGCCACGCCGCCGCCGGCGGCGGUGUGUACCCGCCGCUGCCGACGACCCACGGCCAGUCCGCGAACCAGCAGCAGCUCGGCGGGGCCGGGCCCAACAGCUGGGUGGGCAACGACGCCAACACGCUGCUGGUGGUGGCGGCGCUGAUCACGACGCUCACCUACCAGCUCGGCACCAGCAUCCCCGGCGGGUACUGGCAGCAGGAUACGGCCGGCGUCGUCGGCCGCGACGGCAAGCCGGUGAUGUACCGCGCCGGUGACCCCAUCAUGCGCGACCUGCACCGGGCGAGGUACUGGGUGUUCAUGGGGGCGAGCUGGGUGGGGUUCGCGAGCUCCAUGGCGAUGACGCUGAGCCUGCUGGUGCGGAUGCCCGUGGGCUCGCGCCACGUCCGGUGGUCGUUCGCGGUGGCCUACUCCAGCCUCGUGCUCACCUUCGUGGUGUCCCAGCCUAAGACGCACCUGUCGGUGGACAUCAUAGUCUGGCUCGCCGUCCUCGCCUUCCUCUGGAUCGUCAUCAGCCUCCACCCCGACCGCCGCGCGCGCGUCAUCCAGGACCUCUGCUGCAGCGGACGCCAAGCCUGAAGCUAGCCAACCAUCUCGUCGUGUUCUCUCGCUAGACAUCUUGCCUUCCUUGUUCCUUCUUGUUAUUCACCUUGACGUACGGGUGGUGGCAUGAUUAGUAGUUGCAUAUUUUGGUGAUGCAAAUGCAAUCGAUUGUUGCUGAUCAGCUGGGUUUUCUCAGGUAAUGAUGAACCGAGAUGAAUAAACCCUCAGUGUAAAUUAACCAUGAUAGUGUGAGAGGAAUCGCAAAGAGAGGUGGACAAAUGUGCCGUGCAAAGAUGACUGGUGAAAUUAGUCGAUCAAGCGUCCUUUUUUUUUUUUGAAAGGUACGAUCAAGCGUCCUCUUGGAGAUUCUUUGGUUUUGCUACUCCUUGGCUUGGACCUUGGUUAGUUGACGACUGGUUCUUUUUUCUUGAGCAUAAACCGUUUGUCCUUGUUGUUCCA